AGGGGCGUGGCGCCGGCGACCCGGAGCAUGCGCGAGCGCAGCGGCGCUGAUGGCGGAAAUGGACCUGGUAGCCGAGUUUCCUCAGCCUGCCGGUGCCGCGCGCUGGGCUGAGGUUAUGGCUUGCUUCGCGGCCAAGCUGGGCACGCAGGGCCGGCGGGUGGUGUUGGUCACGUCAGGCGGCACCAAAGUCCCACUGGAAGCGCGGCCAGUGCGCUUCCUGGACAACUUCAGCAGCGGGCGGCGCGGCGCAACUUCAGCGGAGGCCUUUCUGGCAGCUGGCUAUGGGGUCCUGUUCUUGUACCGCGCUCGCUCCGCCUUUCCCUUUGCCCACCGAUUUCCACCCCAGACCUGGCUGUCGGCGCUGCGGCCUUCCGGCCCAGCCCAUGCGGGCUUGUUGAGCCUGGAGGCCGAGGAGAAUGCACUCCCGGGCUUCGCUGCGGCUCUGCGGAACUACCAGGAGGCUGUGGCUGCCGGCACUUUUCUGGCGGUAGAGUUCACCACUGUGGCGGACUAUUUACAUUUGUUGCAGGCUGCGGCCCAGGCGCUCAAUCCGCUAGGCUCUUCUGCGAUGUUUUACCUGGCUGCAGCCGUGUCAGAUUUCUAUGUUCCUGUCUCUGAAAUGCCUGAACACAAGAUCCAGUCAUCUGGGGGCCUAUUGCAGAUAACAAUGAAGAUGGUGCCAAAAAUGCUUUCUCCUUUGGUAAAAGAUUGGGCUCCCAAAGCAUUUAUAAUUUCCUUCAAGUUGGAGACGGACCCCUCCAUUGUAAUUAAUCGUGCUCGGAAUGCUUUGGAAGUUUAUCAACAUCAAGUGGUGGUGGCUAAUAUCCUUGAGUCAAGACAGUCAUUUGUGGUUAUUGUAACCAAAGACUCAGAAACCAAGUUAUUGCUAUCAGAAGAAGAAGUAGAAAAAGGCAUAGAGAUAGAAGAGAAGAUAGUGGAUAAUCUUCGGUCUCGACACACAGCUUUUAUAUGUGACAAAAACUGAAAUAAAGCCCUUGUAGGAUCAAAUGGUGAGAAAUAGAAUAAAUCCUUUGCUUUCAUAAGUACAGAAAUAAUUGAAGGAAAGGGAAAAAGUGAUGUGCAGGCAAAUAAAAUUUGGGAUUUGUCUUUUAAUGACCAAGACACCUGACACACUCACCUGAAUGUCAUCUUGAUUUUGAAAUUAAACCUAAAGCUGUUUCUCACCUUUAACAAAAGAACUUACUGGGAAUUAUAUAUUCCUCAAAAUCUACGUGGGGGCCUGAACAUCAGCCUUCUUCGUACUAUGAAAAGAGGAUUAUGGAUGCAUGAGUGAUCAUGCUUUGAAGAUCAAGUAUUCGUUGAGUGCCUACUGUGUGCCAGGUCCUAUGCUGAGCUAUAAGGAUUAAAACAAUGAACAAAUAUGUCUUGUUUGGGAAAUGGAUGUAUAAAAAAGUACAAUAAAGUGUAUGCCCAAAAGCUGAUACAAUGGAAAGGA